AUUUUGAAACUAAACCGAGGUCAGCUGGGGCGAGGUAAACUUACACGUGCCAACCCUUGAGUUCUAAAUAUGGAGGCAUCGGGUUCGUCCAAAAGAAAACAAAGUAAAUUAUCAAUUAACAGCAGUAUGCACGAUUAUCAAAAGAUCGGCAAAGGACAUGUACAUGCCUUGCAGUGUCUAAACAAAAUGGAAGAGUUAAGAGCGAGCGAAAUCCUUUGUGAUGUUGUUUUGGAGAGCAGCGACGGAAGACUUUUUAAAGUGCACAAACUUGUUUUGGCUUCGUGUAGCUCCUACUUCCAAGCCAUGUUCACGAAUGAGAUGAAGGAAUCCAGGGAGAACAAGAUUAAGAUGGCCUUGGAGUCGAAUCUUUUGAAAGUUCUGGUAGAAUAUGCUUACACUUGCAAAAUGGACCUCAAAUCUCUGGCUGAUGUCAAAGCUGUCUUGGUUGCCGCGAAUAUGUUGUUGUUUUCCGCACUGGAAACUGUUUGUGUGGAUAUUAUUAGCAAAAAAAUCAGCAAGAGCAACUGUGUCGAUAUACUAACAUUUGCAGAGGCAAUAUCAAGUGAGGAAUUAUUAAGAAAUGCGUUUGAAUACAUGGAGAAGAAUAUAAUGGAAAUUAGUUCCCACAAAGGUUUCCUCUCCUUGCCUGUACAUCUUAUGAUGAAACUUGAAUCCUCUGAAAAUCUGAACAUUUGCAGUGGUGAAGAGGGAGUUCUUAAACUUGUUUUGACAUGGAUAAAUCAUGAUCCGAAUAACCGAUUUGAACAUGUUCCUGAAGUGAUGAAUAAUCUGCGACUUCCUCUUAUUCCAAGAAACCAGCUGAUGCAAUGUCUCGGGUGUGAAUUUGAAGAACUCCAGAAACAUGGUUGUCAAGCUCUCAUAGAAGAAAUUAAUAAUUACCAGCUGCAUCCAGAGAAGAGGUGUUUUAUUCAAACUCCCCGAACACGCCCCAGGCACAAUACUCCUAACAAACUGUGCAUAGCAGGUGGCCUGUCAGGAUUUGACAGUCCUGAUAGAUAUUUGAAUAGGAUAGACUACUUCUACUUGGAGAAUGAAGAGAAAUGGGGAGAAAUGCAGUCAAUGUCUGUUGCCCGAGAAUCAGCAGCUGUUGUCAAACUCAAUGGCCUCAUCUAUGUGAUUGGUGGGGUUAGUUUCACAGCUAACCUUAACUCUGUUGACUGCUACAACCCACAACUGGACUCUUGGAGGGAACUGCCAUCACUUAAAUUUUGCAAGGGGCAAGUGGCUGGUACUGUAUUCAAUGGAUGUAUUUAUGUGAUAGGGGGAACAGAUGACUACCUCAGGGAAGGUCUGAAAACUGUAGAGAGGUACAACCCAAUUACCAAUGAAUGGGAGGUGAUAACGCCCAUGCACACUGGCAGAGGAGCUCUAGGUGUUGCUACGCUAGAAGGUAAAAUAUACGCUUGUGGCGGGGCAAAUUUCAAUUUUGCGUUCUCGUCAGUUGAAGCCUACGACGUGCAGAAAAAUCGAUGGCUUCCUGCUCCGCCCAUGAAAAGAGCACGAGCGUUUCAUGACGUAGUCGUUGCGCAUGAUUGUCUGUACGCACUUGGAGGCGUUGAAAUGCAGAAUGGUCAAAUAGCACACGUUCAAGGCUCAGUAGAGAAAUUUUGCCCGCGCGCAAAUCACUGGACUAUUCUAAAAUCUCUGAAUCUGCCUGCCUGGGGAAUCAGCGCGGCAGUUAACGAGAGACCACGUGAUCAGGACGUGGAUGUUUACAUCGUUGGACAGUUUGUAGAGGGAUCAGAUUACGGUGCGAUAGCCAGACUCUGCCUUGGUGAAGACGAUACGCAUAUGCUCGUGCGCGUUCCGUAUGUCGACGAACCGUCACCUAGGAUUCAGGCAGGAGUUGUGAUAUUGCCUUGAGGGUAUUUUGAUAUGUAGAAUAUCAGAACAGUUUGUAUAAAACUAGGGUGGAGUCUAACCUUAUCGCUCACUUUACAAAACGUUCGCAUUUCCUGAUUGCCAAAGUAAAGGGUCCUCACCUUGGGUUGUCACCUUAAGUGGUGUUGAGGCCUGAGUGUCUCAAUGACCUUAAGAGCUGUACCGGCUGGGACUCUAGUCCCGGCAGGUCCAACCAUGCCGGAUUGGUCGAGGGGUGGAGGCCGGACAAAGAACAGCCCCUGGUCCUCCAGGUUGGGGGUUGAGCGGUGGGCCAAUCACCCACCCCCUUAAAACAAAGCAGAUUACAGAAACCUCAAAUACUCGAAGACAAUCUUCUCUUGGGGCCAAUGUGAUAACUUGCUUAGAUAGGCAAAGCAUGACGCCCUUGGGACAAAGCCAUGGAAGAACUGGAUUGAGGUACAAAUCGCAGCGGCUGACAGAGCUGGUUGGCGGGAUUGUGUUGAGGCCUUAUGAGUUACAUGGCAUGAAGAAGAUAGCUGAAGGUGAAAGU